AUGUCCAACAGCAGCUCCAUCACCCAGUUCCUCCUCCUGGCGUUCGCAGAGACACGGGAGCUGCAGCUCUUGCACUUCGGGCUCUUCCUGGGCAUCUACCUGGCUGCCCUCCUGGCCAACGGCCUCAUCAUCACCGCCAUCGCCUGUGACCACCGCCUCCACACCCCCAUGUACUUCUUCCUCCUCAACCUCUCUGUUCUGGACCUGGGCUCCAUCUCCACCACUGUUCCCAAAUCCAUGGCCAAUUCCCUCUGGGACACCAGGGACAUCUCCUAUGCAGGAUGUGCUGCACAGGUUUUUUCUUUCUUCUUCAGUGCUGCAGCAGAGUUUUCCCUUCUCACCAUUAUGGCCUAUGACCGCUACGUUGCCAUCUGCAAACCCCUGCACUACGGGACCCUCCUGGGCAGCAGAGCUUGUGUCCACAUGGCAGCAGCUGCCUGGGGCAGUGGGUUUCUCUAUGCUCUCCUGCACACGGCCAAUACAUUUUCCCUGCCCCUCUGCCAGGGCAAUGCCCUGGACCAGUUCUUCUGUGAAAUCCCCCAGAUCCUCAAGCUCUCCUGCUCACACUCAGACUCCCUCAGGGAAGUUGGGCUUCUUGUGGUCAGUGUCUGUUUAGCAUUUGGUUGUUUUGUGUUCAUCGUGCUGUCCUAUGUGCAGAUCUUCAGGGCCGUGCUGAGGAUCCCCUCUGAGCAGGGACGGCACAAAGCCUUUUCCACGUGCCUCCCUCACCUGGCCGUGGUCUCCCUGUUUGUCAGCACUGGCACAUUUGCCUACCUGAUGCCCCCCUCCAUCUCCUCCCCAGUUCUUGAUCUGGUGGUUGCAGUCCUGUACUCAGUGGUUCCUCCAGCACUGAACCCCCUCAUCUACAGCAUGAGGAACCAGGAGCUCAAGGAUGCCCUCUGGUCUCCAAAGUGUGCCAAAGAAGAAGAAGCGCCUAAAAGCAUCCAGCCUACGCUGCUGCAGGCUACGCUGGCCGAAGACCAGGAGGCUAAAGAGAAGGCCGAGACCAUGGUCAAGGAAGUGCUGGAACAGGUGAAGGCGCUGGACCAGUCCGUCCACGUCUUAAGGAGGGCUCCCGAUGAGGUCAGCGGAAGCUCGGUUGCCAGUGCCAGAGGGGCAGAUCCUUUGGACACUUCUACAGAUUGCCAAGGUGAAAUUAGACUGGUGGCUCGAGAGAUUGUGGCCAGUGUGUUGGAGAGCUUUGGGGAGCAGUCGGUAUCCAGCACGUCUGGUGCAGCUGAGCCAGGGCCAGCAGCCAGGCAGAAGCUGUCAGAGCUCGUUGCCGGCAGAGCCACCCAAGCAGGAAGAUCUGGAGAAGAGAGAUGGAGGGAGGCGCAACAAGCAGCUUCCAACAGAGCUUCUUCGCACUCUUCUAUUGACAAAGCGACCAAAGAGGCUGUUGGAAGCGUUAGCUCCACCUUGUCAUCCUUUGUAGCUUCUCAGUUUCAGCAGGACUUUGUCUGGCAGUUUCCUGAGACCCUGAAGCUUCGGGGCAUGGUGGAAGGACCAGGAUCACCCAGAGCAUCGGAAUGGCAGAUCCCAGAAGCAAGCACGAGGGCAAAGUUGCUCAUCUUGCAGCCGCUGCAAAAGGCUGCUGAUGUCUCUCGAGUGAGUCGCCAGACUGCCAAGGAGAGCACGCAAAAAGCCAUCUCCAGAAUUCAGCAACUGCGUGCAGAAUCGGUCGGGUAUGCCAAAACCAUUGACCCUGAAGUUGUGGAAACCUUGAAGAGGAAGUCAGAGGAAGAAAGGAUGUCAGAGCAGAAAUGA